AGGAUAAUGUUUUUUUUUGUACUUCGUAAUUUUUUCAUUAAUUUUUCCAACUACAGUAAAUUUUGCCGGUGAAAUUUUAAUUUAAAAAUGAGUUCUUUAGUCAAACUGGUUCGAAUACCAAAAUUUAAUAAAAUUAUUCUCCAAACACCUAAAUUACCUCAACGUUUUAUUUCAACAUCAAAAAAGAAUCAAGAAGUUUGCGUUACAGACACAGAAAUAAAGGAACAAGAACAACCCAAGCGAAACUGGCAAUCAUACGGUUUUGAAAAAGAUGAUGAGACAGAAGAUUUAAAUGCAAUGCAUUCAACUGCAUUCUUUUCAGUUAGUCUUUGUAUAGUUGGUGGUGCAUUUAUUUUUGCAUAUAUGCCUGACUAUAAUUACAAAAAUUGGGCUGAAAGAGAGGCUUUCCUUGAAUUACGAAGACGAGAAGAACAAGGAUUGCCACUAAUUGACCCAAAUUAUAUUGAUCCCAGUAUAAUUAAACUACCUAGUGAUGAAGAACUAGGCGAUACAGAAAUUGUAAUUUAAAUACUCUGCCAUAUUUUUGUGAAACAAGAAUUGUGUAUUGCACAUUGAUUAAUUGUCAUGUUAUAGUGAAUAGAUGAGGUUUUAAUAUGAAAAACAGAAACUUGAUUGUAUAAUAUAUGUUAUUAAUUUCUAAAUUCA